AUGAAUGAUGUCCAAAAAAGAUCCAAUGAACAAACUGUUAAAGAUGAUUGUCAGUCAAAUGAAGGAUUUGUUGUGAAGAUGCAUGGCCUAUCAUUGUCAACUACAGCUGAUGAUAUAAUAAAAUUUUUAAACACAUUGGGUGAAGCAAAAGUUAAAGAUGGUGCUUCUGGAGUACAUUUUACUAUGAAUAGAAAAGGAAAACCUAGUUCUCAAGCUUAUGUUGAAAUGGAAUCCGAAGAAAGUCUUAAGGCUGCUCUUAAGAAAGAUCGAGAGUAUAUGGGCAAUCGUUACAUUAAAGUAUUUCCAUCAAAACGUUCAGAAAUGGAGUGGGCUAUUAAAAUAACUGGUUCAACACUUGACAAUGAACUAUAUGAUAAUUGUGUUCGCAUAAGAGGUCUUCCCUUUGAUUAUACUAAGAAUGAGAUUGUAGAAUUCUUCCAAGGGUUAGAGAUAACACCAGACGAUAUAACCAUAGUAAUCAACUCCAAGGGGCGGAGAAUGAAGGAAGCUUUUGUACAAUUUGUAAAUAGAGAGAAUUUAGAGAAAGCUCUGCAGAAACACAUGGAGAAAAUAAGAUUCAGAUAUAUUGAAGUAUUCCGCAGUAGUUUAGUAGAAAUUCGCAAGUCACUGAAAAGAAGAUCAAGACAAACUCCAUAUGACCGAAUGGAUAGUUUUGCUAGUAGUGGUGGUAACAGUGGUGGCAGAGGACAGUACAUUGAUAUGUCCAUGAGAACUGAACGUGAUAUGAGGUCAUUUGGCAGUGGUAGAAGUAUGGGUAGACCAAGAGGUGGUAGCAGAGGUGGAGCUAGUAAGAACUGGAAUCCUUCACCAAGUAGACCAUUACAUGUUGUACAUAUGAAAGGAUUACCUUUAAAAGCAAAUAAGAAUGAUAUAGCUAAAUUUUUUGAACCAUUGAAGCCCGUUAAUAUACAUUUUAUUUUCAAUAACAAUAAUCAACCGUAUGGAGAAGCAAAUGUUGAAUUUGGUAACAUAGAAGAUGCAGUGCAAGCUAUGUCAAAAAAUAAAACAUUUAUGGAACAUAGAUACAUUGAACUGUUUAUGGUAGAAGGUGGAUCAGGUUCUGGUGGUAAUAACAUUAGUAUGGAUGACAUGGGACUAUCAACUGCAGGCGAUAGCAGGAUCUUUAGAGGAUAUGGAAAAAAAUCAUUUGGUGGAGAAGGCAGCAUCAAUGGUUUUGGCAAUGGAAAUUUUUUUGGGAAUAACACAUUUUCUUGCCGUAAUGAUAACGCUGGUCCUCCUAAUUCAUUUUUUUCAAAUAAUAUGGGUGGAGGUGGAUAUCAAAGAUCUUUUGGACCAAUAUAA